GUAGUGUGGUGUACUGUAGUUUGGAUUCCAAAUCGAUCACAUGGAAGUUUGCCUUGGCGCGAGGGUUUCCGUCAUUUCUUCGUUCGUUUCUUAUCAGAUGGAUCGGAAUUGAAUUGAGUUGAAUUUAUAUAGUUGUCCUGUCCUUGUGUUUGGCUUGAUGCUGAGAAAAUUAAAAUCUAAAAUCGUAUUGGAUCGCAUUCAAUGCUAAAUUAAUUCGUUCGCGUGAACCACACACACUGUUGUGUUCUUUUAAUGAUAUAAGAGAGACUCCGUGUGAAAGGUUGGACAUUGAUGUACGCAGUGCAGCAGCAAUGGAGGGCUUGGAGAAACUGAAACGCACUUUCCAAACUGGGCGAACACGAGGAAUCGAUUGGCGAAGUGCGCAGCUUCGAGCUCUUCUGAGACUUCUAUCGCAAAAUGAGGCCCAGAUUUUUGAAGCUCUGGAAAAGGAUCUCGGGAAACAUGCUGUUGAAGCGUAUCGCGAUGAGAUUGGAGUGGUGAAGAAAUCAGCAGACCAUGCUUUGCUUCAUCUCAAGGAAUGGAUGGCUCCCAAAAAGAGUCCACUACCUUUACUCUUGCAACCCGCAAGAGGACAGAUUUUGACUGAACCGCUGGGCACGGUACUUAUAUUCGGGUGCUGGAAUUUCCCCAUCAGUCUUACAUUGGAUCCUUUAAUUGGGGCAAUAUCUGCCGGAAACACAACUGUUCUAAAGCCAUCGGAGUUAGCACCAGCAUGUUCUUCGGUACUUUUCCGUACAAUCCCACUCUAUUUGGACACAGAAGCCAUUAAAGUUGUCGAAGGAGGAAGUGAUAUUGCGGAAAAAUUAUUGGAGCAACAAUGGGAUAAAAUAUUUUUCACAGGUAGCCCACGAGUUGGACGCAUAAUCAUGUCUGCUGCUGCAAAGCAUUUGACACCCGUUACUCUAGAGCUGGGUGGAAAAUGUCCCGCCAUUUUUGAUGUCUUCUCUGCCUCAGACUUUAAGGUGGCUGUAAAGAGAAUAGUUGGAGGGAAAUGGGGACCAUGUGCAGGGCAGGCCUGCAUAGGAAUUGAUUACUUGCUUGUCGAACAAAAGCAUGUCACACAGUUGGUUGACUCACUGAAGCUUUGCAUCCAAAGAUUUUAUGGUGAUGGCGUGGAGAAGCUGCAGAACAUUUGUAGAAUUGUGAACAGGCAUCACUUUGAUAGAGUGCGCGGUAUGGUUGAGGAAUCUGGUGUGGCAGCUUCCAUUGUUUAUGGUGGCUCGUUCGAUGAGGAAAAUUUGAUGAUUCAGCCGACAAUUUUGGUGAAUCCUCCUCUGGAUGCUCAGGUUAUGACUGACGAAAUAUUUGGACCGCUGCUCCCCAUUAUUACGCUUGACAAAAUUGAAGAAAGCAUCGAGUUCAUCAAUGCAAGAGCAAAGCCUCUGGCCAUAUACGCCUUCACGAAGAAUGAAAAAUUGAAGGACAGGAUUUUGCAAGAAACAUCCUCCGGAAGUGUGACAUUCAACGACGCCAUGAUCCAGUUUAUAUGCGAUACUUUGCCUUUCGGAGGCAUGGGACAAAGCGGGUUCGGGCGGUACCAUGGAAAAUACUCAUUCGAUACGUUCAGCCAUGAGAAGGCAGUUCUGCACAGAAAUUUCGGGUUUGAGCUGAAGGCCAGGUACCCUCCAUGGAACAGCUUUAAGCUUGAGUUCAUUAGGCUGGCUUAUGACCUCAACUAUCUCGCCCUAUUGCUUCUCUUGCUGGGCUUCAACCGCCACCGCCAACCCUAACCGUACGUGCCCAAGUACGCAUUUCUUGUCCUGUCUUGUCUGGUUGAGGAAAGAUGCCAAUCUACUUGAGCUACUUCACAUACUUAUAAGCGUCUGUUUACUUCCAUGUAUUGGCAUUGUGCUUUUGCAUGGUGGCGUGCCAAAACAUGCUUGGGUGGUGGAUCUAUAGCUUAUUGACAUAUACUUGCUCUAUUAUUUCAUUCA